GUCAAGCUGAGCUUUUCAGCCGCUCAGCGGAAGACAACAGAGAGGUGUCACAUGACUCCUCCCUUGAAGGCGAAGAUGAUAGGGUUGGGCCUGUGUGAGAGUGACAGGAAGGAUCCACCAAUCGGAGGCUGCCGGAAUCUCAAGGGAGGGAGGGGGGAAAACAAACCACCAUUUGGCUACAGCCAGAGCGCGCGGGCCUUUUGAUUCUCGGCAGCGCUUCUCAUUGGAUGACGGUGCGCUCGAGACGCAGCCCUUAUGGAAACGAAUUCUGUAAGUAGAAGAUAUGAAACAAGGAGAAGCACCAGAGCAGAAAAACCUAUUGCCCGAUCUCGGGUUGACUGGCGGCGCACUAAGAGAAGUUCCACAUUGCUUGAUAGCGAAGAAGAGCACGAAAGUGCUUUAUCAUCGGAAAAUGAAACAAGUUCAGAAGAUGAUGUGGAAGGCAUAGAAAAUGAUGGAUCCAUUCUUAAUGAGAGUAAAGAAAAAAACGGUGGCGAAAAAGAAAACGGUGAAUCUUUUCAUAACAAGGGUAAAGAUGAAGCUGUGGAUGAAAAAGGAAAAGAUGAAUCCAUUCUUAACCAUAGUAAAGAUGAAGUUGUAGAUGAAAAUGAAAAAGAUAAAUCCAUUCUUAACCAGAGUAAAGGUGAUACCAUAGAUAAUGCAGGUAGCCCUCAAGGUGGUGACACAGAUUUUGAUGGCAUAGAAGAAGCAGAAGAAAGCAUCAAUUUUGGAAAGAAUAAGAGAGUUCGGACAUCUGUCAUGUAUGACAGUGACGACAGUGAUGGCAGUGGUAUUGUUAGGAAGGUUUUUGCUAAACGCAGGUGCAUUCUGGAUGAGGAAGACUCGCCUGUUGACCAGGAGCAACAUAUGUUGCCUGCAGAAGAAAUAGCGAACAGAAAACAAAACAGACUAAUGAAACUUCAGGAACUGUGCCAACAACGAUCUACUCGAACUUUUAGCAACAGUGACUGUCAUAAGGGAUUGAUUUUGAAUUGGCUUAUGGAUCGUUAUGACAACAACCCCAUUGAAGACAGGCUUGUGACUACGGUUGAUGAAGAUGAUGCGACAAUGCUAGAUGAGUCUCACCAUUCAUCCCUCUCAGAAGCUGAACUCAGCGACGCGUCAGAUGAUGACAGUAUGAAAGAUUUCAUUGUGGAGGACGAGGAAGAGGAGGGUGACAGGUUAGAACAGGAAAGCUCUGAGGAUGAAAGCCAGCCGCAAAUGAGAGAGCAACGCUCCUUGUUGGAAAAGCAUAUUCCAGACAUGAUUCGUGUUGACCACUUCAUCCAUUUCCAGAGAGUUGUAAAGUCUUUUCUGAUAAAUGCAUUUGAUGCUACCUUUUUGAGCUCAUUAUACAAGGGAGAAGGGGAGAAGAAAUAUGCAAAAGAGAUGCUAAACUCACUUCAUUACUUAGAUGACCAUUUUAUUCAACCUCGCCUUGAAAAUUUACUCGGUAGAAGUCGCUGGAAAGAACGCUACAAGGAACGCGUGGAUAGUUAUCCUGUUGUCUUCAUAAAUAUGGGGAGAGCGGUGAAACGUUCUUGUCAAGCCUGUGAACUCCAGAGGUACUGCAAAUAUACAGUAAUUCUAUCAGGAAAAUUGUACGAUAAUGAAACACUGGAAUUAGACGACUUCAUGUCACAGGAUAAACAGACAUUAAAGAUUGGAACAACAUGUGCAAGCCGCACCCGUGUUUACCACAAUUUGAAGCAUUUUAAAUACAAGUUAUAUCAGAAUUGCUGUUGGUAUGUAAAAAACGAUGGCGUUCGGAAUGAAUCAGUCAGUGAUUCUGUGGAGAGAAUUUUCAAGCAGCUGGAGGAAGAUGACUGGAUUCGUGAGCAACACAGAAAGCUCCUAAGAUAUAUGGACAGUGCAGAUUCCUUCCAUGAUGAGCAAAUGGACUGAGACUACCAAGAUUCAUCCUUUGAAGAAGGAAAUAGCUGACAGUGUUUGAAGAUCAACCUGCCUUCCAGCUUCUUUUCUUUUUAUUCCAGGGCCUUGUAAUAUACUUGCUUGCUAUUACGGAUACUAUGUACUGUUUAUUUCUUUCCAUAUUUCUUAUUAUCAGAGUAAUUAUGUAAAGAAUUAUUACAAUGAAAGUUACCUUUACUCUUGAAUGCCACACUUCACAACUUAAUGGUCCAAAUAAAAAGUAGUCUUUGAAUAUUCAGAAAGAGACUUGUUCAGUACUGAGAUGCUCCCUUGUAAUGUGUGAGGUGUACAAAAUGCUUGGCUUCAGUUCUUUUGGAGAAAAUGAAAUAUUCUUCAAUAAAUGCUUCUUUUCCCAGCACAAUACCUAAAAGCAUCUAUAAAUGUCAAGCCUUUUUUCCCAGCAUAUAAGUCAGUAACAAAUUUUCUGUCUAAAACCCAUAGGCAACUCUUGUUUGUGCAUCAUAGAGGCCUAGAAUUCAUGGACUUAUAUUUAGCCAGCAUAAUUGACUGAAAUCUGAGAAAUCUAACAUUGCAGCAUGACUUAAAAGUAUCCCUUCAGACUGAGUGCAGCACUGAGUUAUGUUGAAACAAAUCAUAUUUGUUGAAUCCUUUCAAUUUUGUUGAAUCUUGAAUCGUAAAAAGCCUUACAGGUAUUUGUGAUUUGUUCGGAGGCUGUUGUUUGGUAUCUGAUAGCUUGCAUUUUGGACUGUUUCUCUAGUAUUUUUGUGGGUGCCCACAGCCUCAAUCCAAAACAGAGGUUUCAGUAAUGAAUUCAGUAUUUAGACUGUUGACAAAUGAAACUCGUCAUUUAACACUGCAGUGUGGAGUGCUCACAUUUAGAGUAUAGCUGGCAAGUCCCACAUCUUCUCUACCAAGUACUCAAUUCUAUUGUAUUUUCCCACUUUAUUUUUCCAAACCCAACAUUUGACAGUCAGACACUAUUCCAUUUCCACUCAGCCGUCAAUGGGACUUUUUUUUUUUUUGCUACCUGCACUUUACAAUUUUUCAGUUAAAAGCUUUUUGUGCAUUUGUAAACUCUCAGGUUUCUCUAGACUUACUGAUACAUCUGUCCUGGGCAUUUUGGCUUCAUAAGGACAUUUGAGUGCCUGGGGAAAUUUUAGAGUGCUAUGGUUUACAGAUUAGAGACACAUAUGGUCUGAAUGUACCAUGGCCACUGGAUGUCUGUUAACUUCUAACUUUGCCAUAAAUAAAAAUAUGGUAAUUGAAAAUCA